UGCCGGGGUCAUCUUUUGGUUGAAAUUACGAGUGGCCCACCCCUUCAUCUGACGACGGGCACCCUCCUCCUCUGCUCACCCGCAUCAUCCCGGAGACCCCGUUGAGCCGAUCUUUUGGCUGUAUAAAGACGAGCAGCAGCUCAGACUGCUCGGGAGUUGAUUCCGAGUCCGCAUCUUCCCACCUUCUGGACCACCGCGACCAACCUUUCGAGACACCGACGCCCGCGUGGACUUUGUUUUUAAUGCGGCGGGAUCGUCGCCUGGACUGACCUCGCAGGAGGCGAGCGAGAGCGUCACUUUGCUCUACUUUCCACUCACGCGCGGACGUUUGCGUUGCACUUGCCUGGAGAAGAAAGCGACGCGAGGACACAUGGCUGCGCUCACCAUACAAAGGACUGACAACUUUUUGCACACCUUUUUACAGGACCGCACGCCCAGCUCCUCUCCAGAGGGCCCCCCCAACGCCCUGUCCUUCCUGGCCACCACCUGCAGCCAAGCCUGGCAGGCGGGCAGCUGUGGCAGCUCCGAGGGCGCCCAGUUCCCCUACGAGGGCAGCGUCAGUUCCGCUGCCGGAAUGUUCCAGCUGUGGAGCAACGACGUGACGCCCGGGACAGCCCUCAGCACGCACCAAAUGACCUUCACCGUGCCCAAGGUGCAGUUUCCUGCCCAUGUGCAGUCCGGCCUGGGCCACCACCACCACCAUCACCACCACCAUCAUCAUCAUCGUCCUCACCACGAGCUUCCUCUCACUCCUCCGGCCGAGCCCGCCUCGUCGUACUCGUUCGAACUCUCCCCCGUCAAAGUGUUGUCCUCGCAGCCGCAGGCCAACGGCUCCUACUACCCGCAACACGGCGGCGUGGGACAAAACUUCCCCGGCUUUCUCCAGAGCUCCUCAGCCAGGCAUCAGCUGCCGGGAGGCCACGGUGAGGAAGGGCAACAGUGGUGGAGCCUUCCCCAAAGCAACGGCACAGCCUCCAACCAUCCCUUUGCCCUGGGCAGACAGCUCGUGUUGGGCCACCAGCCGCAGAUCGCCGCUCUCCUCCAGGGGACCUCCAAGGGUCUGCUCAGCUCCACGCGCCGCUGCCGGCGGUGCAAGUGCCCCAACUGCCAAGCCGGCGGUGGCGGUGGCGGCGGCGGCUUGGAGUUUGGAAAGAAGAGACUGCACAUCUGCCACAUUCCCGAGUGCGGCAAAGUGUACAAGAAGACGUCGCACCUCAAGGCGCACCUGCGCUGGCAUGCCGGCGAGCGACCCUUCAUCUGUAACUGGCUCUUCUGCGGCAAAAGCUUCACGCGCUCCGACGAGUUGCAGAGGCACCUGCGCACCCACACCGGCGAGAAACGUUUCGGCUGCCAGCAGUGCGGCAAGAGGUUCAUGAGGAGUGACCACCUCUCCAAACACGUCAAGACCCACCAGAGCAGGAAGGGCAGGCCCGGGCAGCCGGCGCAGGGCUCGGACCCUCUGCUCGCCAACAUCAAGAGAGAGUAGCGUCUGCCGUCCAGCUUUCCCGAAUUCCAAAUGCAAACUGUGGGAUUCUCACUUGAUGCAGUAGCUUUGCACACACUGGAGGAAAAAAAAAGGCUGUGUUGACUUUACCCCCAUUUUAUUUUAGCAAGUGGCUGCAUGAAAUAAAAUCAUCUGGAUACCGAUGCAUUUUUUUCAAUAGAUGUUUAGUCUUACUUGGAUCCGGAUGAGUUUAUCGCAAACAACCAAAUGACAAAUUCCAAUAAAAUGGAGUCAAUUCAACCAAAACUAUUUUCAGCGCACUGAGGCAAGCGGCAUGCUCCCUGUCAGCAGGCGAGCAAAAUAUGAGAAAAAUGAUGAUACGUUGGUUCAAAAAUUGAUUGUUUUUGAAAAGAGAAAAAAAAAACAAAUGUCUUUGUUCUAUAUUCAAAUGAGCACAAUGGCCAUUCCCUUAAUUAUGCAAUACCGGGUAAGUCAUACAAAAAAUGAGUUCAUAAGAAUUCCAAGAUGUUGAUUAGUUAUUCGAGGUUUUAAUUCUUGCCCCUGAUUUGUUUGCCUCACUUUCAAAUUCUAAACCUUUACUUUUCCGAUUCAGAAGUUGUAUCGGCAGCAUUCCAAAUUCCCUGUAAAUGAUGUAUAAAUGCUAACUGUUAUAGGGUCAAUGGCUGCAUGUGGAUUUUAAUAAACAAUCUCGGUGUUGAAGCAA